UGCCCCCCUUAUUUUGGGUGCCUCGCAUCGGUGCUUGAGGCAGCCCAUGGCCUGGGGCAGAGAGGACAUGGGGACACUCACCUCAAGGCAGCUUGUGACAAGCAGACGAAGAUCAGUCGUACCAGCUGUUGCUUUUGUUGCGUUGUGUGCCUUUGCCUCACGGCCAACUUCCUGGGUGUCGAGGCCUUGGAAGCCCCAAGGGAAGAGCUUAAAGAGGCCGAGAGUUGUUUGCUUGGCCGUGCAGCCUUUGACCGCUGAAAUGUCAGAGGCCUUCAAGCGCUGCGUGGAAGAGUACUCUCCAAAUGACCCAAAUGAAGAUUUUCAGGAAGGGCCGCCUCCAACUGGCUUUAGAAAUCUCACGGAGUGCAUCAGGCCGUACCAUCCAAACCCACAGUGGCAGAUCUUUCCUGGAGAAGUGGGAAGCUUCGAGCGGGAUCAGAAGAUUUGCUCCAUGUACACCUUGGCCACCGGUUUGUUUAGAGAUAUCAACAAAUGCAUUAGGGAUGACAAUGAAGAUGGAUUGAGGCGUUUAGCUCCUAUGAUUUGGGAGAUCCGUGAGGUCUUGCGAUUUGAGCCGACAAAGGUUUGCAAACCAGAAGGGCGCAAGUGCAAGCCCUUUAUGGGAAAGUGCUUGCGUGGCCUUGAGAUACCAGAAAAAGAGGUGGAACAGUGGGCGGCACUUUACAAGGCUGGAAGUGAAUUCGUUUGGCCAGCCUUCACCUCAUGUCAGUUGGAAGAUGGAGGCUUAUGGCCCUUUGAUGGUAACCUGAACUUUGAAAUUGAGUGCAACAUUGAUCCGAGCAAGCUGGCUGUUCCAGAAGUGUUUGCACCUGUUAGCAUAAAACGAUUCAUUGGUGGGUCCAAUGAGGUGCUUUUUCCUCCGCAGACCAAAUUCAGGGUCAAAGAGGAGAAAGACGUUCAGCGAGUCACAGAAAAUGAUGAGACCAGGGACGUGCAUACACGUGUUCUGGAAGUCAUUGAGCUACCUGUCCCACAGGCACCUGGCGAAAGGCGGCGAUAGCUGCGCUGAAAGCAGCGCUGCUUUAGCCGCUGGAAGCUGCGCUGAAAGCCGCUUCGGGGAGUGCAGUGCUUUGAUCCGGUGCUAGAGCACUUCCUGCACGACAAAGAUCGACGAAUGUGACGAAUGCUCAGAUUCAGAAUGAUUUAGAUGUAGAAAGGACUUCAACGUCAGCUUAAGAAAGACAUGUGCGUGCAAAA